AUGGCCUUCAUAUUCUCAGUCCACUGUUGCCAAGAGCUGCACCAGUUCUCACCGGCCCUCCUUUCCGAGAUAUCCCAGCUCCAGAGAGUUUUCCCCCGUAGCCUAUUCCUCCAAGGCCAGCGAGCCCUGGUGUUCUACCGCAUGAAAGACUUCCACACAGCAAACACCCUCUUCUCCUCAAUGCUUAUAUCCUCCCCCUUCCACCUCGACUUCCUACCCCACCACUCCAACAUCAUCGUCCGGCUCGCCCUGCAAUUAGACCGGAAUUUCGCGGCUGCGUGGACGUUAUUGGGUCAUGAGUACUACAAGGUGGAGAAUACGCAUGCGGCGAUAUCGGCGUAUCGGCGGGCCGUGAAGGGGGAUAAUAAAGACUAUCGCGCGUUUGUGGGGUUAGGGGUUGUGUAUGAGAGGCUAGAGAGGCCAACAUUAUCACUGCAUUACUAUCGCCAGGCGCUGGCGUUACGACCGGAUGACGGCGAGUUGUGGCAUAUGAUGGCGAGCUGUUUGGGGAGUAUGGGGAGGGUGAUGCAGGGGAUUGAAGCGAUGAAGAGAGCUAUUGCUUGUAGUGGUGAUGGGAGGGGGAAUAACCAGGACGAUGAGCUUGGUGCUAGGUGCAAACGCAUUGAGCUGUUUUUCCAACUCGCUAAUGCGUAUGCGGAAGUGCAGGAGCGCGGGGAAGCUACGAAGUACCUGGAGAUCUGCGUGGAUGAAGCUGAUGAGGUUGAGGGUAGUGGCGAUGUGGGUGCACCCCUUUCAACCGCCACUGUGUCGGUUAUAAACCGAUCACGACUACUUUUGGCGCGGUGGAUAGCUGCGGAUGGCGAUGAUACGAGGGCGAGAUAUCUGGCGAGGCAAGUUGAUCAGGGCUCGGAAUUUGCGGAGGAGGCAAGGGAUCUGUUGCGUUCAUUUGUUGUCACGGAAGAGGAAGAUGAUGGGGAAUAG